AUGGUUGCAUGGCUGCUGCUGCUGCUGUUACGGCUGCUGCUGUUUUUGCGGAGGCGAUUGUAUCGUAUCCCUCGUUGCGAGGGAAGAUACUCCUCCUUCCUCGGCGGCACCGCAGCCGGCGGCUGUAGGGGUGGCAGGAUGGUGGUGGUGGUGGUGGUGGUGGUGGAGGAGGACCACUGCCCGACGACCCCGCCACGUCGCCACCAGCCGCAUGGCUUUUACUGCUGCUACUGCUUGCGCCACUUUGUCACAUUCGCACGACCUCCGGGGAGCCCAAGCCUUGCUGUCCCCAUCCCCGCCCACCUAAUCUCCCGCACUGACAGAGCUUCCCGCCCGUCCGCCUUCUCCCCCGCCUCCUGCUGCUGUCGCCUCGUUGCCGUUGAACUGGGGGGAACAUGCGGCGGCGGCGGUGGCAGCUCCGAGCUGUUGCUGUUGCUGCUGCGGCUGUUCCUGUCGUCUUGA